AUGGCAGCCACCAUGGGAUUUGUGAAAGAGAACGACACCUCUACCUCCACCAACUUCCUUUCCAUGCUCGAUUCCCAAGAAGUGCAAGCUUCUCCCUUCCCAUUCAACUCCAGCUACAGUGACUACGAUCUGCCCCUGGAUGAAGAUGAGGAUGUGACCAAUUCUCGGACUUUCUUUGCUGCCAAGAUUGUCAUUGGUGUGGCCCUGGUGGGCAUCAUGCUGGUCUGUGGCAUUGGCAAUUUCAUCUUUAUUGCUGCCCUGGCCCGUUACAAAAAGCUGCGCAACCUCACCAACGUGCUCAUUGCGAACCUGGCCAUCUCUGACUUUCUGGUGGCCAUUGUCUGCUGCCCUUUUGAGAUGGAUUACUAUGUGGUUCGCCAGCUCUCCUGGGAGCAUGGCCACAUCUUGUGUGCCUCUGUAAACUAUCUGCGCACUGUCUCUCUCUAUGUCUCCACGAAUGCCCUGCUGGCCAUUGCCAUUGACAGAUAUCUUGCCAUUGUCCACCCGCUGAGACCCAGGAUGAAGUAUCAAACAGCGACUGGCUUGAUCGCCUUGGUGUGGGUGGUGUCAAUCCUCAUCGCCAUCCCUUCAGCUUACUUCACAACAGAAACAGUUCUCAUCAUUGUCAAGGACCAGGAGAAGAUCUUCUGUGGCCAAAUCUGGCCAGUGGACCAACAGAUCUACUAUAAGUCCUACUUCCUCUUCAUCUUCGGCAUCGAGUUUUUGGGCCCGGUGGUCACCAUGACCCUGUGCUAUGCCAGGAUCUCCCGUGAGCUCUGGUUCAAGGCAGUCCCUGGUUUCCAGACGGAGCAGAUCCGGAAGCGCCUUCGCUGCCGCCGGAAGACGGUCCUGGUCCUCAUGUGCAUCCUCAUAGCUUACGUCCUAUGCUGGGCGCCCUUCUAUGGCUUCACUAUCGUGCGUGACUUCUUCCCCACUGUGUUUGUGAAGGAGAAGCACUAUCUCACAGCUUUCUACAUCGUCGAGUGUAUCGCUAUGAGCAACAGUAUGAUCAACACCCUGUGCUUCGUCACUGUCAAGAACAAUACCAUCAAGUACUUCAAGAAGAUCAUGCUGCUCCACUGGAGGUCUUCUUACAAGAGUAGUAAGUCCAGUGCAGAUCUUGAUCUCAGAACCACCGGAGCACCUGCCACCGAGGAGGUGGAUUGCAUUAGACUGAAAUAACUAGAAACCUUUUAAAGUUAAACUUAGAUGAUGUCUUUGGGACAAUGAUCAGUGUGCUCACACAUACUUGCAAACAAAAACUCUUGGUUUAUUGGAGUGUAAAUGGACAACUCUGUGAGCUAUGUGUUCAGAGAGUAUGA